AUGGACUCUCUCAUCCUCUCCUCUGGUCUCAGCCAUCAUUACCGCUUUUUCAGUCAGUCUUUGACUUGGACUGAGGCGCAGGCCUACUGCAGACAGGCGCACGCAGACCUGGCAACCGUAGAGAACUCCGAAGACCUGAACCUGCUCAUGAACACACUCCAGUCCGCCGGCUACAGCUCUGACAUCUGGAUUGGUUUGUACAGCGAGAUCGACUGGAAGUGGUCCGACGCCUAUACUGGGACCGGGGCUGACUACAGGCACUGGAGGAGCGACUUGAAUGAACCGGAGUUUGAGAGCGCCAGGCAAUUCUGCGUGAAAUCCGGGAGCGGAGGAAACUGGUGGGAUGACGAUUGUGCGUUAAACCUUCCGUUUAUUUGUUACAGCGGAACACCGGAGUCGGCCACGCUUUCUCUUCAGAAUGAGCAAAGGAACUGGUCCAGCGCUCAGAGCUUCUGCAGAGAGAACUAUGUGGACUUGGCAACCGUGAAAACAGAUGCAGAAAACCAGAUACUGGACAACAUAAUAGCUUCUUCAGCCUGGAUUGGUCUGUACAGGGAUCCAAACCUUUUUUGGUCUGACGGGAGCGACUUUCUCUUCAGCAACUGGGACUCUGUCAUUAAUCCAAUUGGCUCCAUGUCAGUCAUAUGCGGCGUUACGUCUUCUGGGCGACUGGGGAAAUGGAAAUUUUUGCCCUGUGAAACUAAAUUACCUUUUGUCUGCCACAGCGUAUUUAGAAAGGCAGUGAAGCUGAGACUGAAUGUGGAGAACGCCGUGGAUCCGAACGACCCGGUUCUGAAAGCAAACAUCCUGACAAAGGCAAGUCUGACAGGAAGUCUUCAUAUGCAUUACACACACGUUAGUGUAUGCAUUUUGGAUUUUAUGUUAUAGUCCAUCUCCGACAAGCGACAAUAUCUGUAUGUCUGUCUCUCUAUAUAUCUAUGUAUCUAUGUAAUCCUGAUAAGGUACAUAUGACAAAGGUAAAGGGUGAAUGCAUAUGAAAAGUUU